AGACUUUCAAAAACAUAUCACAUCUACUCUUGUAAUGAGUCGUUAAUUCAGUCAUUCAUUUGUAAUUAAAUUUAGUUUUAAUUAUAAUUAAUUAGCGUUUGAUUUGUAUUGAAUUGAUGGCAGAUUUAUCACACAAAGAGCCGAAGAGCACAUCCAAACCCACUGCCAGCGACAAAACAAAGGAUUUAAGUCUUGAGAUCAAUCGCUUGAAGCAAAUGGUGAAACACGAGUCCGACCUCAACAGCCAUUUGAAUUCAUUACAAAAAGAUCUGCAUUCACAACGACUCAAGAGUUUGCGAGAAGUGUCCGACAAAUUGAAAGAAGACGUCUGGAAAUACCCGACCGUUCAGACACUUCUCGGCCUUUAAUCGCAUUUUAAGUUUAUUUGUGUUUUUGUUUUAUUGAUUGUCUUAAAACUCUUAAACGAUAACAAUUGUCGAGUUCUUCGUGCGAUGGCCUCAGAGGGAGAUAUAGUGUUGAGUUAUUUUGAUACGUGUUUACGGACUUCGGAUAUUAGUCUAUUGAAAGGCAAUAAAUGGCUGAACGAUAAUCUGAUUGGCUUUUGGUUUGAUUAUCUGGAGAACGACUUAUACAAAGAUGUGAGCGAAUCGAUCGCCUUCUUGAGCCCAAAUGUGGUUCAUUUCAUCAAAGGUGCGGUCAUUAAACACAACACACCGGACGUGAUAUCGAUGUUGUCGACGAUGGCGUUGAAAGAGAAACAAUUGGUGAUAAUUCCGAUCAACGACUGCGACAUCUAUAGCGCCGAAAUGGGUGGAAGUCAUUGGAGUCUUCUGGUGUACUCAUCGCACAGACAGUCCUUUGAACACUACGACAGCCACACCGGGAGUGUGAACCGCACUCACGCCGAGCACAUCGUCGCCAUCCUAUCGCCGCUUCUGAUGGCCGAACAGAUGACAGACAUUGAUUUGGACUUAACGGAGAUGGAGUGCACACAACAGGACAACAACUAUGACUGCGGUAUUCAUCUGAUUUGCAACGCCGAAGCCGUCUGUCGUAAACUCUUUCGUUCAGAUCAUCGACACAUUUCUGACAUCUGUUCACUCAAAGCCAUCUCCAGAGCCAGACGUGAUUUACUGCAACUCAUUCUCUCUCUUCGACCCAAAGUCGUACCCAAAGGACAGACAAGCGAUGAAUGAAUUGAUCACUUCUUCGCUUUUGGCACUCGAUUUGAAAUUUAUUGCACUUUUGAUCAAAAUUUCCUUUUAAUCUCGAUUUUAAUCUCUAAAUAAUUGAUAAUUUAUUUAAUAAAAUUGAUAAAAAUUUAUAACAAGUUAAUAAAAUGAAGACAUCUAUUAAUGGGUUAAGCCAUCCGUCACUUUAUGGCCAUUACGUACUCUUUUGAAAGCCUUAAAACUUUUCUAAUCUG